AUGCUGUUUGAUGAAAAUAAUGGUGAAGUAAUGUCUUAUGGAAGUCAUAGUGAUCUCACUGAGAGAUAUCGUAAUUCUUUAAGCAAUAUGAAGCUGGAUGUGUUAGUGCUGGUGAUUUCGGAAUCGUGCUCAACAAAUAAUGUUUCUGGAUGCGUUUCAACAACUUGCGAUUCCGUGAGCCAUAAGGCAUGCGUACAUGGCAUUUGCACCUGUGAAGUAAACACAAGCCACAGUUGUACAAGUAGAGAUGACUGCGCGAACAUUCAAAGCUGGACUUGUUCACAAUUCCGACGACACUGCGUUAAUGGUGUAUGCCACUGUGGAAAUAUUUAAUUUCUGUUCUGACAGCGUUAAGACGGCGGCAGUUAAGUAAAUAUGGAUGUAUACCAAUAAU